AUGUCCAAACCGGCCUCGUAUGCGUCUGCGACUGACCCGUCGAGCUCCCAGCCGACCUGGGAUCCGAACACUCCUACAUAUGCCGCCUUCUCUCCCUCGUCUGCCUCAGGGUAUUCGGCUGCAUCGAAACAGCGGUCCACCAUCAUAGUACACAAGAAAUCUCCGUUGUUGGUGGCUACCCCUCCUGAGAUCACUCGAGCAUUGGCACACUCGCAUCCAUUCUUGCUGCCCUUGAACAAAGUCGCCGGACUACUGUCAUGGAGUACACCAGACCCUUGGGAGUCUUACCUUCUGGUGGCCCUUUUUUGGGCCAUCACUCUGUACGGUAGCGAAGUCAUCCGCUUUGGCAGUCCAAUCCUCGUGGUAGUCGGGCUCAUCUUGGCCAUGUACUCGAGACGAUACUCGCCUCUGUCGUCGACCAGCAAAACCGGCGACAAACGUCCGGCCAGCACCCAUAAAAGAGAAUCUUCGGAAGCCACUUCUCAACACAAGACGUUGGAUGAGAUCGUCGAUACUCUUCAAGAGUUUACUGCGCGAUGCAAUAUCCUGCUCGAUCCAUUCCUCAACUUGACCGAUUUCCUCUCUACCCAAACCACUCCCACCUCUGCUACCACCCGGCCGGCAUUAACAACGCUUUUCAUCCGGGUCCUCCUGAUCACCCCUUUUUGGAUCCUACUGACCCUCCCGCCUUUCUACAUCCUGACUCCCCGACGGGUCAUCCUCACAUUUGGCACUAUACUGCUAACUUGGCACUCCAAGCCGGCUCGAGUAUCGCGGGUUAUCCUUUGGCGAUCAGUGUUCCUGCGCAGAACAGCAGCAAUUAUCACCGGCCUAAAUUUCGCCAUCUCGUCUAACGGGAAGCCCGAUCUUCCAGCACGAUCCACGCGCUCUAAAUCUCAGGCUGGGCUUGCUUCGGAGGUUGCCACUAAACGAAGACCGAAUUCGUCGGGUGUACGAUUUACAUUCAUCCUCUACGAGAACCAGCGUCGUUGGUUGGGUCUCGGCUGGACCACGUCUCUAUUCGCAUAUGAGCGCGCUCCAUGGACCGAUGAGCAUCUCAAUCCUGCGCCAUCCAAGGACGAGUUCGAAUUGCCAGAAGUGGAAGGAGGACACUCCCGAUGGAGGUGGGUCGAAGGUUCUGAAUGGAGAAUAGAACAUGGAGAUGCAAAGCAGCACCAGAGAGCCGCUAGCGCAGCCGGGGCCGCUGGUAAAGACGCAGCCAGUGAUGGCGGCGGCUGGAUAUACUACGACAACAAGUGGGACGACGGAAGAACCGAGGAUGGAUGGGGCAGGUAUACCAGGAGACGCAAAUGGUGUAGAGAUGCCGAGUUGGUCGAAGUUACCCCUAGCAUGGAGGUGAGUCGCAGUGCAACACCGGUACCACCGUCUUCCGAUCCAGAAGAAGACAAAGUGAAGAAGGCCAAGGAGUUUGCCAAAGGACUUGGUGGUUCCAAGGAUACGGGUACUGCGACGCCGACUGGCACAUCUGCCGCGGACUCGGCUCCUGCGAGGGACGAAGGAGAAAAGCCCAAAGACAGCGAUACCGCAAGCCUCUCCAAAUCAUCGAUGACCAAAAAGAGCGGCGGCUGGUUCUCCACGUCCUCGAGGCGAGAGCGGAGUGACAGUAAGAGCAGCAGCGGGAAGAAUACGGGACGUUACAGUGCUCGAAGUGACCGAAGUCGCGAUGGGCCGGAAGAUGAUGUGCAUGAUCAAUGGCGAGAUACUACUACGGCACCCAGGCCGUUUGGCGUCCAGGAGGAUAUUGCUAUGAGUUUAGGGUAG